GCCUCUGAACUGGGGCUAAAGGAAGGGGCGGCGCCAGCGCCCUGCACCAGGUAGCAGUUGGGGGCAACUUCAGCUAAACGGAAUCCAGAGUUGCUCAGCCGAGUCAGUGCCUCGAGUCCAAAAUGACCGCCCUUCCCUCACCACCCAUGACGCGUCCAAAGCUUAUGGCGUUAGCCAGACAGAAGCUGCCGUGCUCCGCAGGGUCCAUUCCAAGGUCCCAACUGAUCAAAGAAAAAGAUGACAUAGAUCAUUAUGUGGAGGUGAAUUUCAAAGGAUUGUCAAAAGAGGAGGUUGCUGCCUACAGGAACUCGUACAAGAAGAACAUCUGCGUGGACAUGCUGCGGGACGGCUAUCACAAGUCCUUUGGCGAGGUCUUUGCACUGAUGGAGCAGUGGGAUGCCCUGAGGGAGGCUGCGAGACUGAGGUCUGUCUUCUGGCUACAGAAGCCCCUAGAGCAGCAGCCUGAUAAACUCGAUUUCCUCUAUCAGUACCUAACCAGGGCCGAGGCGGCUGAACGGAAAGGGUACCUUGAAGAUGUAUAUAAUAACUUGUACGUUCUGGCCUGUUACUUCGAUAAUCCUGAAGAUAAGUGGGUGAGGAACCACUUCUAUGAACGAUGUUUUGAGGUUGCUCAUCUGAUCAAAUUUGAUGGAGGGAAAAAAGAAGCAGAGGCGCAAGCACACUUGGGUCUUCUCUACGAGGAAGACGGUCAGCUUCUGGAGGCCGCUGAGCAUUAUGAAGCAUUCCAUCAAUUGACGCAGGGGCGGAUAUGGAAGGAUGAGACAGGCCGCGUUCUCAACUUGUUGGCCUGCGAAAGCCUCCUGAGGACAUACAGAUUACUCUCAGACAAAAUGCUGGAAAAUAAAGAAUACAAACAGGCCAUCAAAAUUCUAAUAAAAGCUUCUGAAAUAGCCAAAGAAGGAAGUGACAGAAAAAUGGAAGGAGAAGCUUGCUAUUACUUGGGCUUAGCAUACUUGGCUGCUGAAGAAUAUGAAACUGCAUUAACAGUCCUUAACACCUGCAGUGAAAUCUCCACACACCUCAGCGAUGAUCUCGGCCUGGGGAGAGCCUAUGAAGCCAUAGCCAAGGUCCUGCAAAGCCAGGGAGAGAUGAAAGAAGCAGUUACAUACUUGAAAAAAGUUGUGGAAAUUACAAGAAACAACUUUCAAAGCCUAGACAUUGUGAGAACAAGUACAAUGCUUGGGGACAUCUACAACGAAAAAGGACAGUACAGCAAAGCUUCUGAGUACUUUCAGCAAGCUUUUAACACAUCAGUAGAGCUAAUGAACAUGCCUCUGAUGGAAGAAACACAAGUUCAUUAUGGAAUAGCCAAAGCCCAUCAGGUGCUGCUGGCCAUGAGCAGUUAUAUAGAAUCUGAAGACGCCUCCAGCCUUGACUACUUGCUGUCGUGGAAGGAGUGCAGAAGUGACAAUGAACUUGACCUCGUUACUGGAACAUCCAGAAGAUCCACAGAAGAAAAUGUAUCUCAAUAUUCAGAAGAUUUGGAAAAAUCCAACAGGUAG